AUGGACUACCGCUACAGCAUGAUCCCAAUGCAGCUCGCCGAGGCCAACCAGACCGAGUCUUGGUACGGAGUGCGCGACUCUGUUCAGCGUCGGCGCAUACAGAACAGGGUGGCUCAGCGUACCCGCCGCAAGCGAAUUGCGGGACGAGAUGACCGCGGCAAGCAGACGACUAGCUGUCCUGAUGAGCACAAAGCGUUGGACAUCUCCUCUGGUCUGUACUCGUCAUCCUCGUCCGCAUCUUCGACCACUGUGCCGGAGUCGGAACCACCGCUACCCCUUCGACAAGACAAGCCGGACGAAGCUGUCGCGAUUAAUAAUGCGCCUAUCUCAACAAUCGAGCGUUCCUCUCUAACCGGCCUCCAGUACGCUGCUUUUUCGUUGCCCUCUACUCCCCAAGUCAGUCUCGUAACCUCAGUACCCGUGACGGUCUACACAGCCCUCUUCCAGAAUGGGGAGAUGAUGGGCGUUAUCGAUGAAGAAGAGUUCCUCCGCGACCUAUUUACCAUGGAUGGUCUUAGCCUCAAACCCAAUGGCCUGGGAUAUGAUCCGGCCUCGUGGAUCAUGGGUCGAGAUUUUGGGAAGAAGUGGGGAUAUCUCUGGUACUAG